AGUGUGAGGUAAGGCUUCACGUAGAUAUCUGCAGUUAGACAUAGUAUAAAGUAUGAUUGGCGAUUGUGAUGCAGGUUAUAAAACCAGAAUAGUACAAGGCAAAUCUAUGGAAAAUGACACGAUUUGCAAGAAGGGGGCCUGAGAAUAAAAAGAAGCACGAAGCGACAGACUGGGAUUCUUUAAAAGAGGGACUACAGAAACCGAAGGCAAAACGUAAUAAGUCGGAUAGUGACUCAAAUGCAAAGUAUAAGAAGUCAUGGCCCAAAAUCAAAGGGAAAAAGAUUACCGCAGAGGAACAUUUACUGGCAACCGCUUUCAAGAAGGAACAGAGACGAGAACAGAGGAGGGUAAAACGAAUAACAGAGCGAGCUGCGAAACAGGUAUGUUUCAACUGUCGCCUUCCUGGCCACAAAGUUGGAGAAUGUAUGAUGCUAGCUGAUGACCCAACUCAGGGAACAGGAAUAUGUUUUAAAUGUGGUUCUACAGAACAUUCUGCCAGUGCAUGUCAGGUCAAAGUAGCUCCAGGAAGCUACCCAUAUGCAAAAUGUUUUGUGUGUGGACAAAAGGGACACAUAUCCAGACUUUGUCCAGAUAAUCCUAAAGGGGCAUACCCAAAAGGAGGUGGCUGCAAAUUUUGUAAUGAUGUAUCCCAUCUGAAGCGAGACUGUCCUGAAUUUCUACGCCAACAAGGGAUAAGCAGUGCAAAAAUUGAAAAAAUCAAGCAAGAUGAAAGUGUUGAUGCUGAAGCUGUUGAAACAAAAUCAGAAAAGUUAAACAACAAAGUGAAAAAACCGAAGUUGUAAAAUUUUAGUCUCAUUGUAAUUAUUAGUUCGAAUGUUUAUAAAAUAAUCUACUUCA